UCGCCUAGUUAAUUUGGCAUUUCCAGACGAUAUAGUGCUAUUUCUCGAUAAUUUUUUUGAUUAUUUUUCGCUUUUAAAAUGUCUUUAAACUGGAACCUUUGUGCCUUAUGUCAAAAAGACACAAAAGAAAAGAUUUUAUGUCCGGAAAAAGCUUCAAAUACUUUACUUGCUGGCUCAAGUUACAAGACAAUUGCAGAAAACUUGAAAGAAUUCGAGAAACUUGAUUCGCUACCUAUUAACAUUCCACUUUCUUCUCUUGAUGAUGGCAGAGGCAUUGAAAAUACUUUAAGAAAUCACAGAGCAUCAUGGCACAAAUCGUGCUAUAAUAAAUGCAAUACGCUAAAGCUUCAGCGGGCACAAAAGCGCAAAAGUGAAGAGGAAUUUUCAACUGAGGAUCCAGCAAUAUUAGGAGCUACUAGUCCAGCUAAAACAAGAAGAAAGACAUUUGAAUUGUCAAGUAAGAGUAGCAAUGCUUUAUCAUGUUUUUCUGUGAUUGCACAGAGGAGAAGCAAAUUAAACCAACCACAAGAUAGUGCUGUUGAUGAUAAAAAUGAAAUAACACCUGAGGCAAUAGCCCUUGCAGAAUUAAGCCUAUAUAUUAGUGAAAGCCUGGCAGCUGGUGAAGCAGUUUUCAAGAUGUCUCAAUUGUCAGAGCUCUAUUGUUCAAGACUUGAACAAUUAGGAGUAGAAGUGAAAGGACGUAUCAACUCCACAAGACUGAAAGAACGACUUCUCACUCAAAUACCAGAGCUGCAUGCAUUUAAAGAUGGUAAAGAUGUGAAGCUGGCAAUGCCAAAUGAUAUUGGAACAGCUAUGGCUUUUGUACACAAUAGGAACCUAGACACCGCUGCAUUGUACCUUGCAAAAGCUGCUAGUAUAGUACGAAAAAAAAUGUUCUUGAAAAGGGAACCCUUUGAAGGCACGUUUACACCAGAAUGCCAACAACAAGCAGUCCCCGAUAGUUUACUUGCCCUGAUAAAUAUGAUUUUAGAGGGUCCAAAUAUAAAUAAUCAAAAGAAACAAGAGGUGUCAGGAGCCAGUGCCGCUUUAACGAUUUCCCAACUGCUAAUAUUUAAUUCAGUAAAGCAUAAACAAGAAAAAACAUUGGUCGACAAGUUUUAUAAGCUAGGUCUUUGCAUUUCUUAUGACAGACUAAUGCAGAUAUCUGCAGAUCUGGGAAACAAGUGUUGCAAACUGUAUGAGAAGGAGGGUGUUGUAUGUCCUCCAAAAUUAAGAAAGAAUAUCUUUACUACAGGCCAAGUUGACAAUAUCGAUCACAAUCCGUCCUCAAGAACCGCUAAAAAUUCAUUUCAUGGAACAGCAAUUUCCCUUACACAACAUCCUUCUCUUGACUCACAAGGAGAAGAACGAGAACAAGUGCCACAGGAUAACACUCCCACAAAGUCAAAGGUCGUCAACAGUUUACCUGAAUUCUAUACAACUGUAACUCCUGUCACAGAUGAAGGUAAAAAGGAUCUCUUUUGUCCCAAAGUCACUGGCUCUUUUAAACCUAAACAAGACCUGAUAAAUAAAAGCAUCAAGGAAGAGGAGAAAUGGCUAAAAAGGGUCGACGAACUUUUACUCAAAGAAAAGCUUGAAGAAAAGGAUUACUUAUCAUGGUCAGCUUACUUUGCAUCUGAGCAAAACGUAGUUUUGAGGCCCAAUGCAAUCACCUCUUUAUUGCCACUUUUUGAAGACAAUGCUCAUACUAUGGCUAUGAUAAAGCAUGCAAUGAAAACCGUCAAAGAAUCUACUAAGUUCUUAAACCCUAAUCAAACUCCUGUUAUAGCGAUGGACCAACCACUCUAUGCACUCGCUAAGCAAAUACAGUGGAACAACAAAAAUGAAUUCGGUGAAGAUAAGUACAUGGUAAUGAUGGGUGGCCUGCAUAUUGAGAUGGCAAUAUUAAAGAUGAUUGGACAUUGGUUAACUAACAGUGGGUGGGCAAGUGCUCUAAUUCAUGCUGAGGUUAUGACAAGUGGAAGAGCGGAUUCUGUUUUGAAAGGAUCGCACGUGACGAGAUCUCGCUAUGUCCACCAAGUAAGUGCCUGUGCAAUUUACCUUAUGCAGAAAAUUGCUUACCAGGAGUACAUCGAAAGUUGUGAAGACAAGCCCCCAAAAGUUAUGAAGCUUGGAUAA